AUGCUUCAACUUUCGUGUCUCUCCGGUCUCGGCAAACUUGACGUCGUCGCGGACUGCGACGCCGACGGCUCGUGCGGCGGCGGCGGCGACCCGUGCCUCCUCCACAGCGAGCUCUGCUGCCCAAAUGAUUCUCUGGACGACGACACCGUUGUCAUAGAAAUCAUCCAGGACGAAGAGUUGUUGAAGGACCUCGCCAUAGCCGCGUCGCUGCCGCCCACCACCGGACACCGCAACGAGAACAUCAAGUCGGGGUGCUGGUGGGGCGUUUCCUCUGCAGGUGGCACGCCACCGGUGCACGCCACGCUGCUGGACAACAGCUUAUGGACGGCAUGGACUACGACGUCAUCCAGUUUGGCGGCCGAGCCGCCGCCGGCCGUCUCGCGGCUCGUCGUGCCGAGUAGGAAACGGGACAGGUCCGUCAUGCGCGACACGCGGUCGUGGACGUCGUCGCUGGACAUGAUGGCAAGCAUCCCUACACGUCGCCGUAGCCCUAACAACUGCCGCCGCGGCAAUGGAGUCCGGCAGCAGGGCCUCGUGUCACGCCGGGGGAGCAGGCGACUUCAGAGGGCGUGCAGCCGCUGCGACAGCCGGGAGACGCCGCACUGGCGUGCGGGGCCGGACGGGCCAGGCACCCUGUGCAACGCGUGCGGCAUACGGUACACGCGCCAACAAUGCAAGCUAUUGCCGGAGUACCGGCCGUCGGCGAGCCAGAGCAGGAAGCAGGCGUGGUCAAGCUAA